CCCUGCUUGUCGCCCGCCCCCUCAUAACCGACCUGUGAGGUUCCGCCCGCUAUAAACGUCCACAACCCGCUUCCAGAAGAUUGCCAAACCACCAUUCCUCUUUCUCACCCUUAUUCGCCUCGUCCUGUCAGUUUCGACGCGGACAAGAUGGGUUUCUUGAAUCUUCCCCAGAUCCGCUACCACAGCCCGUGGAUGCAAUGCAUCAUCAGCGGCAUCGGCGUUGGCGCGUCAGCCGGCAUCUACGUCGCGCUUAAUCUGCUUGGAGCCGGUGGUGGGAGGCCCGAUUCAGCCCAGGUCGUCCAGGUUGUGAACGCGACGUUGUGCUCGGUCUGGUUCUUUUCCUCGUCGUUCGGUGGUUCCAUCUUGAACAAGCUCGGCCCGGGCCUUACCAUGUGUCUCGGCGUGCAAACAUACGCGGUCUACGUCGGUUCGCUCUGGUACUACGACGAAACGGGCAAGAAAGGAUAUCCGUACGCUGCGGGUCCCAUCAUCGGUAUUGGUGCGGGCAUGGUCUUCAUUACAGCUGGUUACAUCACCACUGCGUAUCCGGAGGAGAGCGAGAAAGGAUCCUACGCGACCAUCCUGAUGAAUAUGCAAGGCUUGGGAUCGGUCAUUGGUGGUAUUAUUCCGGUCAUCAUCAACAAGGACAAGGACGUCGCAGCCGGCGUGCCCCGAGCGGUCUACAUAUCAUUCAUCAUCAUCAUGAUCGUCGGCGGAUUGAUUACACUGCUGCUCCUCCGCCCGCAGAAACUCAAGAGAGAUGACGGAUCUGUGGUGGCUGUACAUCCCCCUCGCGGGGCGUGGGAGGAGUUCCGGUCAAACUUGUUGAUCUUCAGCGACCCGGUCCUGCUCAUGAUGUUGCCGGCAUUCUUUCCCGCCGAAGGUUUCCUGGUCUAUAGUGGCUCAGUCAAUGCCUACCUCAACAGUCUGCGAGCUCGUUCGCUCUUGUCUUUCAUUGCUGUCUGCCUGCAGAUUCCGGCUGGAUGGGGUCUGCAAUGGAUUCUGGACCGCCCGUACUGGGGCCGCCGGAAGCGUGGUCUCAUCGGUCUGACCAUAGUUUGUGUGCCGAUGGUGGCUGCCUGGGUCUGGGAGAUGAUCCGCGUGCGAAAUUACAACCGGCACGCCCCUGUGACCGAUCCUACUGAUUGGGACGAGCCCAGAUUCGGGUGGAUCUUCGUUCUUUUCAUGUUGACUUGGGUCACUUCGCAAUUGUGGCACAACAUCGUCUACUACUGGAUUGGAGCCGUCACCAACUCUCCACAGAAGCUCACCCACUAUGUCGGCGUCUUCCGUGGUGUCCUGGGCGCAGGUGAAGCCGUCUGCUUCGGUCUCGACUCUAUCAAGAUCCCCUUCUUGGCCGAAUCCGGCGGCAUCCUCCUCUUCUACGUUAUCGGCAUUGCUAGUUUCUACUACCUUGGCAUCUACCACAUCAAGGACACCAACUACGACCACCACGAGCAGGGCGCCGUCAUUCCAAACCACAUUCUCGAAGGGAGGGGCCUUACGGAGGGCCAGAACAUCGAGGACAUCAAGCGCGGUGCGUCCGUCAGCGAGGGGACGCCGGUUUCGGGAGAGAAGGAACCAAUGGAGCAGGUUAGGGUGAACGGAGAUUCUGCUUGAAGCGUGCAUCCCGCGUUGCGACUCUAGCGCCAACGCCUUGAGAUUAGACUGGGAGAUGGACAUACGCACGGUAACACAUAGAGCUGGGCUUCGGG